AUAUAAUUCCAAAACAUUAGGGACACAAAUUUGUACAUUCAGCAUUUUGGGCCACAUACCAUAACAUGUGGACCUAUUAGAAGAUAGUUAUAUGCCAAAGUAUAUCAUAGAAAAAAACAAUCUAUAUAUCAUUUCAAAUCUAAUUCUUCUAUUUCUACCUAUUAUUCUUCUACAAAUUAUCUCUAGCUAUUCUCUCCAACAAAAAAAAAACAUGGUUCAUGUUAGUAGUAAUGGAGAGAAAAAUGGCAAGGAAGACAUUGCUGCAGUCGAUUUUCGAGGUCGUCCAGUUGACAAAACAAAAACCGGAGGGUGGCUAGCAGCAGGACUAAUCUUAGGUACUGAACUUGCUGAAAGAAUAUGUGUCAUGGGAAUAUCUAUGAACUUAGUGACUUACUUGGUUGGAGAUUUGCAUCUCAAUUCAGCAACUUCUGCUACCAUAGUUACUAAUUUUAUGGGAACUCUUAACUUGCUUGGCCUUCUUGGUGGAUUUUUAGCUGAUGCAAAACUUGGUAGAUAUGUCACUGUUGCCAUUUCUGCUACCAUAGCUACAGUGGGAGUGUGUUUGUUAACUUUAGCUACAACAAUUCCUAGCAUGACACCACCAGUAUGCAGUGAAGUAAGAAGACAACACCAUGAAUGCAUUCAAGCAAGUGGAAAACAGUUAUCACUUCUCUUUGCAGCACUUUAUACAAUAGCAUUAGGUGGCGGAGGAAUAAAAUCCAAUGUGUCAGGUUUUGGAUCUGAUCAAUUUGACACAUCAGAUCCAAAAGAAGAAAAAAACAUGAUAUUCUUCUUCAACAGAUUCUACUUUUUCAUAAGUAUUGGUUCCUUAUUUUCAGUUGUUGUGUUGGUUUAUGUUCAAGACAAUAUAGGAAGAGGUUGGGGAUAUGGAAUUUCAGCAGGUACAAUGUUGAUUGCUGUUGGUAUUUUGCUUUGUGGUACACCAUUGUAUAGAUUCAAGAAACCACAAGGUAGUCCUUUAACUGUUAUUUGGAGAGUUUUGUUUUUGGCUUGGAAGAAGAGGACACUACCUAUACCUUCAGAACCUUGCUUACUCAAUGGUUAUCUUGAAGCUAAGGUCCCACAUACAGAGAAGUUCAGGUCCCUAGACAAAGCUGCAAUCCUAGAUGAGACAAAUUCAAAGGAUGGAAACAAAGAAAAUCCAUGGUUAGUUUCAACAAUGACUCAAGUUGAAGAGGUUAAAAUGGUAAUCAAGCUACUUCCCAUUUGGUCAACAUGUAUACUCUUUUGGACAGUUUAUUCACAAAUGAACACUUUCACAAUUGAACAAGCAACAUUCAUGAACAGAAAAGUUGGAUCAUUUGAUAUUCCAGCAGGAUCAUUAUCAGCUUUUCUCAUAAUCACUAUUCUCCUCUUCACUUCUCUAAAUGAGAAAAUCACUGUUCCUUUAGCAAGAAGAAUCACUCACAAUAAUCAAGGACUUACUAGUCUUCAAAGGAUAGGAAUUGGACUUUUUUUCUCUAUUCUUGCAAUGGUAGUUGCUGCUAUUAUUGAGAAAGAAAGGCGAGAUAACGCGGUAAAAGAGAACACUACAAUAAGUGCUUUUUGGCUUGUACCUCAGUUUUUUCUAGUUGGUGCUGGAGAAGCUUUUGCUUAUGUUGGACAAUUAGAGUUUUUCAUAAGAGAAGCACCUGAGAGAAUGAAAUCUAUGAGUACUGGUUUAUUUUUAACAACACUUUCAAUGGGAUAUUUUGUUAGUAGCUUAUUGGUUUCAAUUGUGGACAAAGUAAGCAAGAAAAAAUGGCUUAAGAGUAAUCUAAACAAUGGUAAGUUGGAUUAUUUCUAUUGGUUGCUUGCAGUAUUUGGAGUAUUGAAUUUUGUACUUUUUAUUGUGUUAGCAAUGAGGCAUGAGUACAAAGUUCAACACAAUAAUAUUGAGAGUAAUGAGAAUGUUGAGAAAGAGCUUGUGGUUGCAAAUGAAGUGAUUGUUGGAGUUGAUGGAAAGGAAGAAGCAUAGGAAAUAAUUUUGUUUGGCUUAUGAAUGUGUGGAGGAAGUAAAUAUGAAUCCUUAAGUUUGUUGAUUUUGUAUGAUUAUCAGAUUAUUGCUGUGUAUUAGUAGUACUAGUACUUUUUUUGGGUGAUAAUUUGUUAUGUAGUAUUAAGUGUUGACAGAUA